AUGGAAGUAUCAACACGGAAAAAUGUUAAUUUAUCAGAUUGUAAAUUAAACUACGUAUGUCAUUUAUCACCGCUGUCGUCCUCUGUUUUAUGUGAUCGUUCAUCAUUAAUGUUAUGUGAUUAUUUCAAAAGUUAUUUUAAUUAUCAUCAACCAUCAAAUGUUAAUGAGAUCAAUGAAUACAAUUGUAAAUUUCAAUUCACAGAGACGACGCUUUUGUUUUGUAUUAAACUAUUGCAUAACAAUAACGAGCUCAGUUUUAUUAAUGUUGAUAAUUUGGAAGAUUUAUUAAAUGGUAUGAUGUUUUUAUGCAUGGAUGAAGAUUAUUUUAUCUCCGUAUUAAAAGUAGUUCAAAAGCAAAUUCCUUCACUAGUCUCUAAAGAGCAAGAACACGUUUUAUUCGCCAUCGAAAAAUCACAGAUUGACACGAAGUGGAAACAAGGAUUUUUAGCACAAAAAUUAUAUCUACUAAGAAAUCAAGACGAUAAACGUGAAUUAAUGAAUAGUUUAUUUCUGAAAACUAUCAAUUAUUAUUAUCAAAAUUAUUCGUGUUAUAACGAUAACAAUCAACAAUUUAUUCUACACGGCGAUAUUCAAACCGAUAAUCAAUGGUUAUCUGACAAUUCAUCUUAUAAAUUUGUUCAUAAUGGUUUAAAUUUUCAAUGUUUUGUUAAAAUUUAUUCUAAAAAUCGUCUUCAUUUUCAAUUUACAUGUAAACAAACAAAUCGUCAGUUGAAAGAAAGAAAAUCCAAAGCAGUGGUGAUCUUUUAUACUGGUCUCGAUUUACCUCAAGUAGAGAGAGUAUGUGAUGGAUAUGGAUCAUACGAGUUUACGUUGCCAUUGAAUUUAACCAAUGCAGCAUUUUCAACAAGAUUUUAUCAUGCAAUUGUAGAUGAUGUACUAAAUAUUGAACAAUUAACAUUUAACUUCAUUAUAUCGCCGGUCGACUAG